AUGUUUUAGAAAUCAAAAAACUCUAUUUAUAUGCUUAAAUAAAUAAGGUAUUUAAUAAGAGGGCUAAAUUUUAGUGAUCACCACAUCAGAAGCUGCUGUUAUAAGAAGGGUUCAUUAGAAAAUAAUAAAUUCUACUUUAGUGUGGCUAAUAAAUUGGUAAACAUCGAAAAUGAGGGAGAAGUUAUUCAUUUUGAGGAUUCCUUAGCUAAAGUUUCUGGCUUAAGAAACUCCAAAACUGGUGAAUUAAUUUAGUUUAGUGGAGGUGUUAAAGGCUUGGUAAUUGAUCUAUACGAGGAAUAUGUUUCAGUUCUAGUUUUAAGCAACCAAAAUAUAUAAGUAGGUAGCAUUGUAAAUAGAAGCAAUGAAUAAUUUAGUAUGCCAAUAGGCUAUGAGUUAUCUGGAAGAAUCUUAAAUGCUCUUGGCAAUCCGAUUGAUAAUUUAGAGACUACAAAAACUAAUUAAAACUAAAUAAUUCCUAUUUAUACAUUUUAGUAUAAAAAUUAAGUUGAUAAGAUGAUUGUAAAAGAUUGUACUUAUCCUGAAUAGUUCAGAAAUGUCUGUAUAUUUACUGGGAUUAAGUUCUUUGAUAGUUUUUUUAAUAUUAGGCCAGGAUAUUGCUACAUAUUUAACAGUUAAGAAAAAAAAAACAUAAGUACAAUAUGUUAAGAUAUGGUAGUAAAUAACAAAUCUAUGUUUGAACAUAGUGAUCCUUCAAAGUAACUUUAUUAUGUUUACGUUUUUGUUGGAUAAAAGUAGACUGUUAUGGAUAAAUUUAUUUUUCGCUUAAAAUAAUAUGAUUGUAUCAAAUAUACUACAUUUGUUUGCUCUAGUGACUAAGACUCUUAUUCCCUUUAAUAUUUAAGUAUUUUUACAGGAUAAUCAGUUGCUGAAUACAUGAAAAGUUAAGGGAGAAGAGUGCUGAUAAUUUAUGAUGAUUAUAGUAAGCACUUUGAAAGCUUUAAUAGAAUAUUGAAUAAUUUCAACAAUUUCCAAUAACUUAAAUUGUGA